AUGUCCUCUUCUUCGGCGUACGGCGGGUACGGAUCCAAACUAAAGCCUUCUCCGCUUGUUCCACCGACACCUUCUACGACCCUCUUCGAGUUCGAUGAACCCGCCACCCCCUCCGUACCCUCUUCAUCGACGACCACAACGCCCACCUUACCCAACCCUCGUUCCUCCUCGGAAUUCUACCCGCCAAGACCGAUCAAAUCGCUCGUGUCCUCUCGAGAGGCUCAGUUCGAUCAGGACGACGACGAGCUUGGAGACGAAGACGACGAUGCUCAACACCAGAGAGAAGAGCACGAGCCUCUCAUGAUGCAAGGCCUCUUGCACUCGAAUCGAUCACGGUCGUCUUUUGAUCAAUUGGGUAAACCGACUUCCUCGAACCCUCUCGGCGAUCCAGAUCGGAUACCCUCCCAAGGCACAAGCGGAGCACCAAGACUUUUACGUCAACUCGAAGCCGAUCCCGAAGUACCCGAAUGGGUGUCCACCGGCGCAGGGCUACUGGCCAACAUUGCCAACAUGUCCAAUUCGAUCCUCGGCGCAGGCAUCAUCGGACUACCUUACGCGCUCAGAGAGGCGGGCUUCGUGAUGGGGAUCUUUUUGCUCGUCGUCUUGGGCGUCGUCACGGACUGGACUAUCCGGAUGAUUGUGCUCAACGCCAAAAUGUCGGGAAGGAGGACCUAUAUCGACAUUAUGGACACAUGUGCGUUAUCACUUACCCAUGUAGGCGUCACCUCGACCUCUGACUGAUCUUCACCGAAAACCUUUCCCCACCCCAGGUUUCGGUCCGCACGGUCGAGCCGCCGUCUCCUUCUUCCAAUUCGCCUUCGCCUUCGGAGGCAUGUGUGCCUUUUGUGUCAUCUUGGGUGACACGGUUCCCCGUGUUCUCGUUGCUAUCGUACCGGGUGAACAUAGCCCUUUCUUGCGGUUCCUCAUGUCGAGGCAAUUCGUCAUCACCAUCUUGACCGUCGGGGUCUCGUACCCGCUCAGUUUGUAUCGGGAUAUCGCAAAGUUGAGUGGGGCUAGUACGCUGGCUUUGAUUAGGUACGUUCCUUCCACUUCCUCCUUUGAAUGCUGGACCUGUGAGCUAAUAGUGAUGCGUAUUACGAAACAGUAUGGUCGUCAUCGUCGUCAGCGUCGGCGUGCGGGGACCGAGCGUAGCCGAUAACCUCAAGGGCGAUGCCUCGGAACGGUGGACCUUUAUCAACUCGGGAUUCUUCGAGGCCAUUGGAGUCAUCUCGUUCGCAUUCGUGGUGAGCCUGGAUCGCCUGCCACUCCGCCUGAGAACUCCGCUCACCUCGGCCUUCUGGUCCCUUCCACAGUGCCACCACAACUCCCUCCUCAUCUACGGGUCCUUGAAAACACCCACCUUGGAUCGCUUCGCCAAAGUAACGCACGUCUCGACCUCCCUCUCCGUCAUCGCUUGUUUGGCCAUGUCGACCUCGGGAUUCUUAGUGUUCACAAACAAGACGGCGGGCAACAUUCUCAACAAUUUCGCUAGCGAUGACGUGUUGAUCAAUGUCGCCCGAACAUGUGUAAGCUGUCGUUUCUAUCGCCUACCCGGACCACAACCUGACUCUUGUGAAGCCUGCUCCCCCUCGCAGCUCGGAGCCAACAUGUUCACGACCCUCCCCCUCGAAGCCUUCGUCUGUCGCGAAGUGCUCGAAAACUAUUUCUGGCCCGACCAACCAUUCGACCGUCGAAGACAUCUCAUCAUCACCAGCGCGUUGGUUUUAUCCGCGAUGGUCGUUUCUUUGAUGACGUGUGAUUUGGGAUUGGUCUUGGAAUUGGCCGGAGGUUUUUCGGCGACGGCGUUGGCGUAUUUGUUUCGUAGGUCGAACUCCCACAUUUUUUUUCCUCUUCCUACGCUCCGAGCCCCCGAGCGCCCCCUGAACCCCCCUCCCCUUUGGCGAUCCCUACCCCUCAGCCGCAGCAUGCUACCUCAAACUCACCUCCACCUCUUCUUCAUCCAAGAACGCCCGAACACGGUUCGCCGCUUGGACUUGUGCACUCUUCGGCGUGGCGGUGAUGAUCUUGUCGACUUUCUUGAGUAUCAACAAGGCGUUGAAUGGGGAGGGUCACAAGACUUGUUGA